AUGGUAUAUGCUAUUAAGAUAUCUAUAAUUUCGACGAAACUGGCUUCUAAAUUAGCGCAUCUAAAAAAGAAGCUAUUUAAUGGAUCUAUCAUAAAUCGCGAGUCUAUCACGCCUCUCGAUGUCGGCGUGUUUAGCUUAUAUAAACACUGGCAUAGUGAGGCUGUAGAAGCUGCUAUAAUGACUAGAUGCCGUAAAUUCUCUAAGGAUAAAUUUCUACACUUAAUUAGAGAAAUCAGACGGAAAACCUUCCGGUCGAAUAUAAUAAAGCUUAGAUUUAAAUUAACUAGCCUCUGGCCUAUUAAUCCUAAGCUUAUUACGGAUAAAUUAGAGUCGUACGAUCCAUAUUAUGAUAAUUUACCCUAG